UCCACUGCAGUUGCAUCAAUUUAAAAUGUACUCCUAUUAUUUGCUCCAUUGAUAAGCAGCAGAAAAUCAUCGACUAACCAUUGGCUACCAAACCAAACCUUACUCAGAAUCCGCGCCUCUUGACCUGCGGAUUUCGCUGUCGGUACCAUUAAAUUACAUUUCGUUGAUUGAAAUGGCUAUUAGAUUUUUUUCCACACAUUUUUUUUUCUCUGUCACUUCUAAUAUUUUGAGGGUGACAUGCCAUUGUUACACCGAAAAUCAAAAGGGAGAAGGAAAAGGCAGGGCAAGAGAAGGGAAAGUAGCUAGGAAGGAAGUAGAGAUGCCAACCGCAAGAUGCUGUGAUCUCUGCUCAUGAGAUCACCUAGCAGAUCGUGUGCGGAGCUGAAGCCCCGUCAAGAUCAAGGUCGCCUAUGGAUGGAGAUCAGAGGAGGCAAGCCGCCGCGGUCACACGGGCGCGCGAGCAGAACAGCCCGGCGCGGCGCCUGAUCGCCUGGCUGCAGCUUCUUUUCAAGGCGUUUGUUCAUAGGUACGGCAAGCUCGCAAGGUGGGACGCGGCGGGGCGCCCCGUGUUCGUCCUCUUCGCGGCGUUCUUGCUCCAGAGGAGCCUGCGCCGCCGGUACCUGUCAUGGAAGGAGUCGUCGCAGCUGCGGCUGCGGGCCGCCGUGGUCACCGUGCAGGCGGCCGUCAGGGCGAUGGCGGCUCGCCGCGAGCUCUCGCUCCGGAGGCAGGCCAGGGCAGCCACGCGCAUCCAGGCGCAAUGGCGUGCUCACAGAGCAGUGUGGAGCUACCUGAUGACGAAGAGAGCCACCCUGAUCUGCCAGUGUGCUCUGAGGCAAAACAUUGCGAGGAGGCAGCUCCUGAAGCUCAGACUGGCGAAUCUUGAGAGGGAAAGGCUGGAUGAGAUGUGCACGCUGCGUGAGAUGGUGGACGUGCUCCAGCAGGCUGUCAAUGACGCCGAAACGAGGGCCAUUAACGAGAGGGAGGCGGCGAAGAAGGCGAUAGCGGAAGCGCCCCCGGUGAUCAAGGAGACCGUGGUGAUGGUUGAGGACACUGAGAAGGUUAACUCGUUGAACACCGAAGUUGAACGCAUGAAGGAUUUACUGGGAGCAGAAAUGAAGGAAACCUUUGCUGCGAAGAAGGCGCUUGCCGUAGCUGAAUUGAGGAAUGAAAAGCUGGCCAGGUUGCUUGGAGUUGAGGAGGUUAAGAACAAACGGCUGCAAGAUUCCCUAAAAAGGAUGGAGGAGAAGGCAUCCAAUCUAGAUGAGGAAAACAGAAUGCUUCUACAGGCUGUGGUGUCAAACCCUGCUAUCAAGUCGCCAUCGAGCGAAUACUGUGAAGCGCCUAAUACUCAGGCAACUCCUGACAAUGAGAAAGCAACAAAUGGUGUAGUGAAGCCCAUCAUAGUGGAUAGGGAGGAUAAUAUCCAUGAGAAAAGUGCUGAACAACUUAGCUCAAAUGGUCAUGAAGCUGAGAAGCAACAGCAAGAGCUUCUGAUCAAGUGUAUAUCUGAAGAUCUGGGUUUCUCGAUCGGUAGGCCUAUCGCUGCGUACCUCAUCUAUCGAUGUCUGGUCCACUGGAGAUCAUUUGAAGAGGAAAGAACCCUGGUCUUUGACCGGAUUAUUCAGAAGAUCACUGCUGCGCUUGAGACGCGGGAUAACAACGACACAUUAGCAUAUUGGCUGUCCAAUUCAUGCACACUGCUGGUGCUUCUCCAAACGACUCUGAAAACCAACGGGGUAGCUGCUUUGGCUCGUCAGAGGCGAAGAGCAUCACCUUUGAAGGUGCCACAGGAAAACCAAGAUCCUAGUCAUCCUGACCGUCCAGUUUCUGACGGACGGUUGAUCGGUGGACUAGCCGAAGUUUGUCAGGUUGAGGCCAAGUAUCCAGCCCUUGCAUUCAAGCAGCAGCUCACAGCAUUGUUGGAGAAGGUCUAUGGAAUGAUCAAGCACAACUUGAAGAAGGAGCUAUCCCCACUUCUCAGCCUGUGUAUUCAGGCACCACGAACAUUCGUCGUCAGUCCCAGGGGAUCAUGUUCUCAAGGAACAGAUUUGGCACAGCAAGCUUCUAUGGCACAUUGGCAGAGCAUCAUUAAAAUCCUCACAAAUUCUCUCAACGUUUUGAAAUCAAAUUAUGUGCCUCCAUUCCUGAUCUGCAAGUUGUUCACUCAGGUUUUUUCAUUUAUCAAUGUGCAACUGCUUAACAGCCUUUUGCUACGGCGAGAAUGCUGUUCAUUCAGUAACGGAGAGUAUGUCAAAGCUGGGCUGGAUGAACUAGAGCAUUGGUGCUUUUGGCUAACUGAGGAGUAUGCAGGCUCGGCCUGGGAUGAGCUGAAGCAUAUCAGGCAAGCAGUCACACUCUUGAUACUUGAAGAGAAGCACAGCAGGAGUCUCAAAGAGAUCACAGACGACUUUUGCCCAGCGCUGAGCAUGCAGCAACUGUACCGGAUCAGCACGAUGUAUUGCGACGACAAGUAUGGAACCCUGGGCAUUCCAUCAGAAGUCGUCACGAGCAUGCGAACCAGGAUGAUCGAGGGCUCGAGCAGUCCAUCGGCGCAUGAUGACAUCAACUCGUUCCUCUUAGACGAUGAUUUCAGCAUACCGUUCUCCGUCGACGACAUCGCCAAGCUGAUGGUGCACGUCGGCGCAGCAGACAUGGACCUGCCGCCGCUGAUCCAGGAGAACGACGGCUCCAAAUUGGGACACUGAAUCAAUGGCAAACUGAUCGACGCACCUUUUUUUUCUCGUGUUCUGGUGAUGUACAUAGCGCGUGAUAUAUACCACAGUUUUGAGAUUUGAGUUUUGAGUACAUAUUGGAUUUGUUUUUUCUUUGACUGGCCCUUCUUUCUCUUUCACCAGAGUGCCUGAUUGUGUUGCGUGUGUAUGAUACAGAACAGAGCUGGCAUGUAAGCCACGAAAGAACAGAAAGAAAGAGCUGAGUUUGAUCUUCCAUAAGGGUGAUGCUUGCAAGUCAAGCAAUCCUGCUGUAUUCUGCCAUGCGUGCUCUGAAAUUGUUG